AGUUGUCUCAGUUCCACCAACUAUCAGCAAGAACAUACAAAACAGACAAAGAGAAACAAGCAGCAGUGUUGAACAUCAAGUCAUCAUAUGGCUUUGGCACGUUUGGCUUUGAAAGAUUUGCGAGGAAGGUUGUUUGCUUCAUCUUCCUUCAGCAGCCAUAGUUCUGGUGGCUUGCACAAGCAGAGAUGGAACAAUGAAUUGCUCAAAAGGUUUGCCACUGCAGCAGGUGAUAAAGGAAAAUCUGAAGCCACUGAAGUUGCUGUCACUGAAGGGAAAAAGUCUAACAGGUUGUUCCCCAGAAGGAGGAACAGAAGAUGGAUUUGGAGAAACCAUGAUCGUGAAUUCCCUCCAGCUCUCUAUGAGUUCUUUCCUUCAGGGCUUGGGAAUGCACUGAUGCAGGCAAGUGAGAACAUCAACAGGGUUUUUGAGAACAUGAAUCUGACACCUUGGUCUCUGAGUGGUCGUGUGAAAGAGAGAGACGAUCAUUACAAACUGAGGUAUGAGAUGCCAGGAAUGACAAAAGAGGAGGUGAAGAUCACCAUUGAUGAUGGGGUGUUGACAAUAAAGGGAGAGCACAAGGAAGAGAAAGAAGAAGGAGAAGAUGAUGAGUAUUGGUCAUCAAGUAGCUAUGGAUACUAUAACACAAGCCUGGUUUUGCCUGAUGAUGCUAAGGCUGAUGACAUUAAAGCAGAGUUGAAGGAUGGUGUCUUAAUUGUCACCAUUCCUAGGACUGAGAAACCCAAAAAGGAUGUGAAACAAGUCACAGUAGAAUGAUGUUAAGGUUUUCCUAAUAGAGGUGUGACAAUAAAGCGAUGUACUUUGUGACAUGUGUUUGGUUCUUUUGGAGUUAAAAUGUAAAAUAAUCAAAUAAAACCUAUGACCUGUGAAAGUUUUAUUUUUGUUUCUUUUUA